AUGACUCAGUUGUUUUGUAGACGGGUGCCAGUGCAGAAGGUGUGUCCAGUUUGUGGUGAAGAAGAAGAGAUGAUAAUCCAUGCCUUAGUGUUCUGUCGGUUUGCAACAGCGUGUUGGCAUAAGCUUCAUUUGGCCGUAGUUUCUUUUGUGACAGAUGACUUUAAGGAGUGGUUCUCGCAAAUGCUUAAUAGGUAUUCAAAGGAGAGGUGGUGUGAUGUGGCAAUGGCUUGCUGGGGAAUCUGGAAAGCCCGAAAUGAGCUUGUAUGGCAGCAGAAACAAGUUCAGGUGGAUAAUGUGAUUAAGUCGGCCUUUAGUUACUUUGCACAGUGGAAGCAAACUCAGAGUUUCGAAAACAUUGCUCUCUUUCCCAACGAAAAUGUGGGUGAUGGAGUGUCUAGCUGGGUUAAACCUCAAGUGAAUGAAGUCAAAGUAUCGGUUGAUGCAGCCAUAUUUCCUGAACACAACGCUUGCGGCUUGGGUGCUAUUGCGAGGGAUUCGGAGGGGAUGAUGGUGUAUGCUAGAACAUGCAGGUACUGGGGGAGAGUAGCUCCGGAAUUCGCUGAAACUAUGGCUGUGAAGGAGGCUUUAAGUUGGUCUAAGACAGCGGCCAUGAAAGUGACAAUCGAAUCGGAUUGUCUGGCAGUAGUGCAAGUUCGAAGCAAAGUGCCUAUGGUUUCCUCCCUGGGCUUGUUGGUCGAGGAGUGUAGACAGCUUCUUGGCAUGCAAAACAACAAGGAGUUGUUCUUUAUUAAACGGUCUGUUAAUAUGGGCGCCCAUAGUUUGGCUAGGGCUUCAUAUUCUUUUCCAGAUCGAACUUUCAGUAGGAGUUAUGUUCCUGUUGAGGUUGCUAAUUGUAUUGUGAACGAUUUAGCUUCUUAA